AUGAGUAAUCCAAUCACUUCGAUCAAAUUAGUUCUAUUAGGUGAAGCCGCCGUAGGGAAGUCGUCGAUAGUUUUAAGAUUUGUAUCCAAUGAUUUUUCUGAGAACAAAGAACCAACUAUUGGUGCAGCUUUUUUAACACAAAGAGUUAACAUUAAUGACCACACAGUUAAAUUUGAAAUAUGGGAUACAGCAGGUCAAGAGAGAUUUGCAUCUUUGGCUCCAAUGUAUUAUAGAAAUGCACAAGCAGCACUGGUAGUAUACGAUGUUACAAAACCACAAUCAUUUAUAAAAGCACGUCAUUGGGUUAAAGAAUUACAUGAACAAGCCAAUAAGAAUAUUAUCAUUGCACUUGUAGGGAAUAAAGUAGAUAUUUUGGAAGAAAAUGAAGAAGAAAGGAAGGUGGAACGUGAAGAAGCUGAAAAGUUAGCAGAUGAAGAAGGUCUAUUGUUCUUUGAAACAAGUGCAAAGACUGGUACAAAUAUCAGUGAAGUAUUUCUUGGCAUUGGUGAGAAGAUUCCAUUGAAGGGUUUAGAAAAUGAGCAUGCAAAUGGUGGUCUAAAUGUUACCGAAGAUCAAAGAGUAAAUUUGGCAAAUACUGCUAAUGCAAGUGAAAAUGCUUCUGCUUGUAGUUGUUAG